AUGGCUUUGGUAUGUGCAAAGCGAGCUUUGCUGGAGAUGAUGCUCCUCUGGCUGUGUGCCCCUCCAUUGUUGGGAUGCACAAGAGACCAGAGUGUCAUAGAGGGAAUGGGACAGAAGGACAGUUGUGUUGGUCAUAAGGCCCAGAGCAAGAGGUAUCCUGAUUCUGAAAUAUCCCAUUGUCCCUGUUGGGAUGACAUGAAGAAAAUCUGGCAUCCUACCCUCUACAAUGAGCUUUGUGUAGCCCCUGAGGAACGCCCAGUUCUGUUAGUUGAAGCUUCCUUAAAUCCCAAGGCCAACAGAGAGAAUAUGACACAGAUCAUGUGUGAGACUUCCAACACCCCAGUCAUGUAUGUUGCUAUUCAUGCCAUGUUGUCACUGUAUGUCUCUGAUCAUACUACUGGUAUCAUUAUGGAUUCUGGUGAUAGUGUCACCCACAUUAUGCCCAUCUGUGAGGGUUAUUCCCUUCUCUAUGCCAUCUUUCAUCUAGACUUGGCUGGCUGUGCCUUGACAAAUUACCUCAUGAAGAUACUGACAGAAAGAGGGUAUAAUUUCACACCCACAGCUGAAAAGGAAAUUGUUCGUGACACUAAGGAGAAGCUGUGCUAUGUUGCCCUGGACUUUGAAUAGGAGACGACUGCUGUUAUUUCAUCUUCUUCCCUAGAGAAGAGCUGUGAGCUUCCUGAUGAUUAUUGGCAAU